AUGUUUUCAGGUCUUACCUUCAACUAUGUCCUGCUGCUGCUGCAACUACUACUUGCAAGGUCUUUGGAAGAUGCUUAUAUAGUUGAGGUAGGUAAGAAUGCCUAUCUGCCAUGCAGCUACAUUGUACCUACCUCUGGGAUUCUUGUGCCUAUGUGCUGGGGCAAAGGAUCCUGCCCUUUGUCAAAGUGUGGCAUUGAGUUGCUCAGAACUAAUGGAAAAGAUGUGACAUAUAAGAAAUCCAGCGGAUACCAGCUAAAGGGGAAAAUCAACAAAGGAGAUGUGUCUCUGACCAUAGAGAACGUGACACUAGCUGACCAUGGGACCUACUGCUGCAGGGUACAAUUCCCUGGUCUUAUGAAUGAUAAAAAAUUAGAUCUGGAAUUAGUCAUCAAACCAGCCAAGGUCACCCCAGCUGAGACUGCUCAUGGAGAGUCUACUCCAGCUUCUCCCACAUCCCUAACCACUUCAGGAAAUGACUCAGCAGAGACGCAGACCCUGGUGACCCUCCAUGAUAACAAUGGAACAAAAAUUUCCACAUGGGCUGAUGAAAUUAAGGACUCUGGAGAAACUAUUAGAACUGCUAUCCAUAUUGGAGUAGGCGUCUCUGCUGGGCUGGCCCUGGCACUUAUCCUUGGUGUUUUAAUCCUUAAAUGGUAUUCCUAUAAGAAAAAGAAGUUACAGAAUUUGAGCCUUAUUACACUGGCCAACUUCCCUCCAGGAGGGUUGGUGAAUGCAGGAGCAGGCAGGAUUCGUUCUGAGGAAAACGUCUACACCAUCGAGGAGAACAUAUAUGAAAUCGAGAAUUCAAAUGAGUACUACUGCUACGUCAGCAGCCAGCAGCCAUCCUGACCACCUCUGGGGUCCCAUCUUUAAAGACUCUCUUUCAUUUCUGACGUUGGUAUUUUGUUUUUGAAAAAUAUGAGAUAUGUUGCCUGGCAA